AUGCUUACACAUAGCACAGGGCAGCCCAAAAUUAUGCUCGCGAUCAAAUUUGUGCCGACAAAAGGAGACGUCAGUUUGACUAACGCACACAAGUUCCGUGUCCAUCAACUCAAAUCCAUUGGGCUCGCGAUUCCUGUUUGCGCAGUUUGCGACCGGUCUAUCAUGAAUGCAUUGAAGAGUGUGUGGGGUUAUCGCUGUGAAUUUUGUGAAAUUGACGUUCACAAAGGAUGCAUUAUGAAGGCUACGAUCCAAUGCGAAUGUGUGGCCCAACAAUUACUGAGCGUUGCACAGGAGAAAAAAGAGCGUGGAGGCAUCACUUACCGCGUACUACAUGAUGGUGUGCCACGUUCCGCGGGGGAACUUUUUGUGAACUUUCGCGGUUUGCAUUUGUGUACUAAACAUUGUCGCGACGAUUUUCACGCGAAGAAUAUCUUCGAAGGGGACACCUACUGUCGUAUUCAUUUUGACGGCAUUGUGCAUGAAACGAGUCCUGUACUGAAAAGCGCUGACCCGAUGUGCAUGGAGAAUUUAUGCUUUAAGGUUCGGCAUCCGAACUCGGCAUUCCACAUUGAAGUGAUUGAUUUCAAUUCAGAUCUGUGCAUUGCUCAAUUUAACGUUUCACUCUUUCAGCUACUCCAGCGCGAAGCUGACAAGUUCAUUCGAACAAAUCCGAUACUGACCAGUUUGCGCAAGCCUCUUCGCCAUUUCAGCCUAAAUAAUGAGCUGAAUCAAGCUGCAGUUAACGAUUCAUGGGCAGCAUUGCCCACUUUGGACGACAAGGAACAGUUUGAGCUCUCGCCACCUCUGGGAUCUAAACUGCAGCCUGGUGAAAAGCUUGGUCUUGCACUAAUUGAGCUAAAAUAUGUGGAGCACAAGGAAGACCUGCUUCGCGUACGUGCAAACGAGGACGCUUAUCUUCUCAAACGCGAAGACAAAGAGUUUUCGGUCGAAUCACUGCGGAUUACAAUCGAGCGGUUUGGCAGGGCGCUGAAGGUUUUUCAAGGGAUUGAUGCUAACUACGCCAGCAUAAUUUCGUGGAAAAACAAGAAAAAAUCAGCGGUGUGCUUUGCUACUUUUGUAUACAUGUGUGUGUUUGCUGACUUCGAAUACGCGCUGUCUUACAUAUGUGGUGCGAUCCUCAUGUAUAUGCUGUAUCGACUGCAUCUCCGGCUAGAAGGGGCUUAUGUUGCACGCUGGAUUGGUUAUGAGGAAUACGAGUUUGAACAAGAGGAACAGCAGAAGCUGUACAGGCCAUUAGCUGACUUGCAUGUGGCUGUGCACGAAGCACAUCUAUCUCACGAGACGGACAGUCUUCUCAUUGAAUCGCAGUCACGUAUGAAGGAUAUUUCCUCGUCAAAGCUUGGGUACUAUGUUCGAAUUAAGUACCGACCAAAUGACAAGCAGUCGAAAACGAGGGACAUGGUAUUUAACCCUUCUGGCUACGAUGAGGCUAUUGUUGCCUGGACGAAUGUUGUGAGCAAAAGUCGGAAUCCAACUUGGCGCAAAACCUCGCUGCCAUCAGCUGCUACUGUGCUUGCUGCAAACCUUCGAAAAGCACUUCCGUUCCGGAAUUUUAACGUAUCUUGGCGUCAUGAUUCAAAGAUAUGCACCUGCGACCAAUGUUCCGCACAUCAGCGAAGCUUAAAUGAUGCAGCUGACGCGUCUGCUGCAGCCACUAGCUGUGGCGUCGAUCACCAUGCCUUCUACUUCCCAAUCCCACAAGCAUCUCGGAAAAACUUUUCUGGUCACGAUGAUUUGGUACCGUGGCCGUCAUUUCCUGGUCUUCUGCAAUUUGAUUUGUGCGUUUCUUUGAGUGGCGAAGCAAAGGAGUCACCAGAUCUGAUUGCUGCAACGACGACAAUUCCACUCCGAAGCCUUCUGAAGCAAAACGCAUUCAAAAGAAUUGGAUGGCGAUUAUCUGGUUGCACGCGUUGGCUUUGA